GAGGUGGUGGGAGGACUUGCGGCGGGCCCGCUUCGGCUUCUGGUCGGGCCUGUGGCGUCCGCGGCUUCCCGCGCCUUCAGCCGGUCGCCAUGGGGAAACGAGACAAUCGCGUGGCCUACAUGAAUCCAAUAGCGAUGGCUCGAUCGAGAGGUCCAAUCCAGUCUUCAGGGCCAACAAUCCAGGACUAUCUGAACCGACCAAGGCCUACCUGGGAGGAGGUAAAGGAGCAACUAGAAAAGAAAAAGAAGGGUUCCAAAGCUUUGGCUGAAUUUGAAGAAAAAAUGAAUGAGAAUUGGAAAAAAGAACUAGAAAAACAUAGAGAGAAGUUAUUAAGUGGAAAUGAGAGCUCAUCCAAAAAAAGACAGAGAAAGAAAAAAGAAAAGAAGAAAUCUGGUAGGUAUUCAUCUUCUUCUUCAUCGAGCUCUGAUUCUUCCAGCAGUUCUUCAGAUUCUGAAGAUGAGGAUAAAAAACAAACAAAAAAGAGGAAGAAAAAGAAGAGUCGUUGUCGUAAGUCUCCUGAAAGCUCAGUGUCAGACUCUGACUCGGAUAGCAAGGACAGUUCAAAAAAGAAAAAGAAGUCAAAGGAUAUGACUGAGAAAGAAAAGGACACUAAAGGACUCAGCAAAAAAAGAAAGCUGUAUGAUGAUAGAGCGCUGUCCUCUGAGUCAUCAUCAGAAUCCGAUUAUGAAGAGGUGCAGGCAAAGAGGAAGAAAAGUGGCGAAGAGCGCGAGAGAACAGACAAAGCCAAGAAGAGAAGGAAGCAUAAGAAGCACAGCAAGAAGAAGAAAAAGAAGGCUGCUGGUUCAAGUUCAGACUCACCAUAGCAUCUGGAAGACCAGGGUCCCUUACAGAGUGCAAUGUCAAAGGAGCUCUCAGCUGUGAAGAUUAUGACAUACGAUACGGAGUAAUGUGCAUGAAUUCCCUUGUGUUUAGACUUGUCCUGGACUAGUCAGUAGCCACUCGGAUACUGCUGUGUGAAGGCCAUGAUUGUUGCCUGCUGCUUGAACACCUUUUCCUCUUCCAGUUCCUGGUGACUCUGGGAGAUAGUACUUUGCAGUCAUACUAGUGGUUAAGACAUUUGGAAUAAAGCUAAUAUUUUUUACUAGAAGUAUGUAGGCUAAAUCAUCAGAAACCGAAUCUGGAUCCAUCUUUAAGAUGUAACCAGAAAUAAUGAGCAGACUCUAGUAAAAAUUUUCAAAGUAGGGAUUACAUUAAAAUUUCAAGAUCCUUACUCUGUAAAUAAGUAUUUUAAUUUUUCCCCAUGUAUAUUUUGAUGUACUUGGGGAAGGAGCUUUUGAAGAGGGGGUGGUUUGCUAUCUCUUUAGCUACCAGAACAGCGUGCCUUUGAUUUCACACUACUUCUGUGGACACAGUAGCCAUGUUUCCUGGGAGGUCAGAGCUGGGCACUGUCAGUCUUGCCCUUGACUGAGGUGAAUGACAUCUGUAGACUCUGUUGUAUGCUGCUUUGUAUGAACCAGAGAUAUCCAGCCCUUUGCAGCAUGAGAACGCCCCCAAAGCUCUGAAUUUACCUCCACUUCAGUAAUAACAACUGAAUGUUUUUUAGGGUUAGGUUGUAUUACGUCAUUUGAAUUAAUUUUGCCUACACUUGGCUUUGGAGAAGAAUUGUUUGGUAGACACUAGUACUUUCUGAACUGAUAGCUAACAAUUCUAAAGUGCAUGUUUUAUAUCAGUUUUAACCAGUCAGAGGGUUUUUAUGUAGCCAGUGAUAGCUACUUAUGUUUUGUAUAGAUUUUAUUUGGCUGCAAUGUUUAGCUUUAACUCCUUACUCUUGCUGUCUUCAGCUCACUGCUGUGUAAAUGGCACAUUUACAGGACAUUUAGCUUACUCUUGCUGUCUUCAGCUCACUGCUGUGUAAAUGGCACAUUUACAGGACAUUUAGCAUGUAAAAAGCAGGACUUUUGGUUUUUGUUUUUAACAGCUUCAUAUUGAAGCUGAGACUUACCACAAACAAGUUGAGUGGCAGGCCUGGUAUGCUGUAUCUUGUUACAUAAAGCUAUGGCAGAAUCUUAGUAAACAGAAUGUUUUAAAAGCUUGUUGUCUUUGUAUGUUAAUAACAGAUUAUGACGUUAACUUAGGUGAGAACUACAUACUACUGCUGUGUCAUGUGUUACUGAGAUUUUGUGCCUCAUAUCUCUGAGUUAUUAGGAAUGUUAAAAGAAAUUGAUAAGUCAUUUUCAUUUUACACUUUUAUAUAAUCAGGUAAUAUGAAAUAUAAUGAUGUACAAUUUUGCCUGUUUCAGAAGGUGUGCUAAUUAUAGUGGAAUAUGCACAGAACAUUUUGGCAUGAAAAAGAGGCUGAAUAAAUAGCUAUUUUACUUAAAAUAGCUGUGUUCUUA